AUGCCUUCUCCGCGUUGGAUACUGUUGCCUUCCGCCAUACUAAUCACAGCUGCAUUCAGUCACCCUUUCGGGACUACUCAGGCAUCCGGUGUGGCUACAUCGAAUGCCAAUAGCUCCUUGACCUUCGUUUACCAAAACAACCUAAACGCCUCAGACGACAGGAACCAUGUGGGCGCAAUCCUUCUCGAUCCCAUGACCUCCAGCGCUGCUGUAGAGGCAUGCGGAGCUCUUAGUGAGACACUUCUCUCCCAAACGACCAUCCAGAACUACAGCUCCGAUUUCUCGUCUGCGUUGGCAUACCUGGCUUUCUCUGGCAAAACCUCAUCGGACCAAGCAUAUCACAUCUCAGGGGGUACAUUACACGUAUCUGUUCAACAAUCCCAAGGAUCUCUCUCGUUUGAGCAAUCAGCGGACCGCGAUCCGAAGCUUCCUGUCCUGUGCACGCAGUCGACCAAUGCGAACGAGCCUCCAAACUCGACUGCCAGCGUCUCGAAUGAGCUCGCGGUAGCCGCAGCCGGCAAUGUUUAUGUGGGCUAUCGGAACCAAAAGUCGUUCAGGUUUCUUGGAAUCAGGUAUGCCGACCCUCCCACAAGGUUCCAGUACUCCCACCUGUAUUCUGGCACCGGCCAGACGGCGAAUGCCACGACAUAUGGCUCCCAAUGCACACAAGUCGGCGGAGGCAGCGAGGACUGCCUGUUCCUCAACAUUCAAACGCCUUUCAUCCCUAAAGCCGGGUCGAACACGCCGCAAGCCCUGCGACCUGUGCUGUUCUGGAUUCACGGUGGUGGUUUCACCGGCGGGACGGGCGCAGACCCGCUCAGCGACGGUGGGAAUCUCGCCUCUCGAGAAGACAUUGUCGUCGUGACCAUCAACUACCGGCUGUCGACGCUCGGCUUCCUCGCGAUUCCAGGCACGGACAUCAAGGGCAACUUUGGGAUCGGCGAUCAGAUUGUCGCAUUGCAGUGGACCGUGAACAAUAUUGCCAAGUUUGGAGGAGAUCCGAAGAGAAUCACCAUCAUGGGCGAGAGUGCGGGAGCAGGCUCGGUCCGUACGCUGCUAGGCAGUCCGCCUGCCAAGGAUUUGUUUCAGGGCGCAGUGGCCAUGUCGAACCUAGGAGGCGGCGUCGACCUAGGACUCAAGGGUAACUACGGCACGACCUACUCGUCAUACUAUACCAUCAAUGAAUCGUAUACCGUGGCCGGGCCUCAGAUAUUCAACGGAUCGAACUGUACACAGCAGCAGUUGAGCGACCAGAUCACCUGUCUUGGGCAAGUGAACGCCAGUGCGUUGGUCUCGCUCAACACAGUGGCACGAUACGUGGUGCAGGACGGGACGAUCGUGACCACCCCAGAGCUAGACGUGGUCAACAGAAACAGCAGUUCUGCCGCGUACGUGCCCAUCAUCUUCGGUGUCGCAGCCAACGAUGGAGCCUCGUUCUCAACGAUUUCUCCCACGCCCGUACAGAACGAGACACAAGGCCUCACGGUCGGACUGGGGAUCAAUGCCUCGUAUGCCCAGGCGAUCAUUGAGUCCGGAUUGUUCCCGUACUACGACACGGGCAACAAGACCCUGGACGCGUUCAAUGUCACGCAGCGCGUUGCGACCGACAACACUUUCCGCUGUGUCGACCAGGCCACCGUCUACGCUGGCGCCGUGUCGGGCGCCUUCCCAGCCGUGUAUUACUAUCAGUUCGAGCGGACCAUCAACGGAUACAAUCCGGAAAAUGUGCCCAGCGCCGGCCCCGUCACGCGAGGAUACCCUCAUGGCAACCCGAAUCUGCCGUAUUUCAGGCUCCACGGGGCCGACAUGGCCUGGCUGUUUGGCAACUUCUAUGGGCCCCUCCGAGAUGCUAAUGACUUGUACUCGGUCCAACUUGUCAGUGGGUACUUUGCCGAAUUUGUCAGGAGUGGUCAACCGAACCCUUCGAAUGCAUAUCUCCAAGCAAGGGUUUAUAACAAGACCUUGCAGGGAGUUGAAGAGUCCGGCCCAUGGGACAAGGUAUCGGGCACCUCCGGUCCGAUUAAACACCUCGACUAUCCUGCCGUGUCGGGCACGUUUGUCGAUGUGCCCCAGUGCGCGUGGUUGAAUUACAGCCUCAGCUAUUAUUUGGACCAGGCGAGGUAA